UCCCCCUCCCUCCCCAAGCACGCGGUCCCCCUUCUCCGGCGCUGCGGAGGCGCCUGGGCUGGGCACGAGGGAGGCGGGGGGCAUCCCGGAGGGGAUCCCGCUCCCUCCCCCCGGUCGCCCGACGCCCCCGUACCCACGUGAGCGCAGGGCCGGCCAGGAUCCCGCCGGCCACACAGCGCGUGCCGGCUCCGCGCCCGUCCGGUCCCCGCGCCAGCGCUGCACGGUCCCUGGCGGGUCCCCGCGGCCCCGGCCGGGCGCUUCCCCGGGCUCCGGCUCCUGCAUCCGGCCGCAGCGCACAGGCCAAGGCGUGGGCAGGCCGCCCGCGCCGCUCCGGACGCUGAUAGAUGAUGAGCAGCCAUGGCAACAGCCUGUUCCUGCGGGAGAGUGGCCAGCGCCUGGGCCGGGUGGGCUGGCUGCAGCAGCUGCAGGAGAGCCUGCAGCAGAGAGCGCUGCGCACGCGCCUGCGCCUGCAGACCAUGACCCGCGAGCACGUGCUGCGCUUCCUGCGACGAAACGCCUUCAUCCUGUUAACCGUCAGUGCUGUGGUCAUCGGGGUCAGCCUGGCUUUUGCCCUGCGUCCAUAUCAGCUCACCUACCGCCAGAUCAAGUACUUCUCUUUUCCUGGAGAGCUUCUCAUGAGGAUGCUACAGAUGCUGGUACUACCUCUCAUUGUCUCCAGCCUGGUCACAGGUAUGGCAUCCCUGGACAACAAGGCCACGGGGCGGAUGGGGAUGAGAGCAGCUGUGUACUACAUGGUGACCACGAUCAUCGCAGUCUUCAUUGGCAUCCUUAUGGUCACCAUCAUCCAUCCUGGGAAGGGGUCCAAGGAGGGCCUGCACCGAGAGGGCCGGAUAGAGACCAUCCCCACAGCUGAUGCCUUCAUGGAUCUGAUCAGAAACAUGUUUCCACCCAACCUUGUGGAGGCCUGCUUCAAACAGUUCAAGACGCAGUACAGCACGAGGGUGGUAACCAGGACCAUCGUGAGAACGGAGAAUGGGUCGGAGCUGGGUGCCUCCGUGCCUCCUCCAUUCUUGAUGGAGAACGGAACCAGCUUCCUGGAAAAUGUCACCCGGGCCUUGGGUACCUUACAAGAGGUGCUGAGCUUUGAGGAGACCGUGCCUGUGCCUGGCUCAGCCAAUGGCAUCAACGCUCUGGGCCUCGUGGUCUUUUCUGUGGCCUUUGGGCUGGUCAUCGGUGGCAUGAAACACAAGGGCCGAGUCCUGAGGGACUUCUUCGACAGCCUCAAUGAGGCUAUUAUGAGGCUGGUGGGCAUAAUCAUCUGGUACGCACCUGUGGGCAUCCUAUUCCUGAUUGCUGGGAAAAUUCUGGAGAUGGAAGACAUGGCUGUCCUGGGAGGUCAGCUGGGCAUGUACACCCUGACUGUCAUCGUGGGCUUGUUCCUCCAUGCUGGUGGCAUCCUUCCCCUCAUCUACUUCCUUGUCACUCACCGGAACCCCUUCCCCUUCAUUGGGGGCAUGCUACAGGCCCUUAUCACCGCCAUGGGCACGUCUUCCAGCUCCGCCACGCUGCCCAUCACCUUCCGCUGCCUGGAGGAGGGCCUGGGCGUGGACCGCCGCAUCACCAGGUUUGUGCUGCCCGUGGGGGCCACGGUCAACAUGGACGGCACUGCCCUGUACGAGGCCCUGGCUGCCAUCUUCAUUGCUCAAGUCAACAACUACGAGCUCAACCUGGGCCAGAUCACAACCAUCAGCAUCACGGCCACAGCGGCCAGCGUUGGGGCAGCUGGCAUCCCCCAGGCGGGUCUGGUCACCAUGGUCAUUGUGCUCACGUCGGUCGGCUUGCCCACGGAAGACAUCACACUCAUCAUAGCCGUGGACUGGUUCCUUGACCGGCUUCGCACAAUGACCAACGUGCUGGGGGACUCGAUCGGGGCGGCCGUCAUUGAGCAUUUGUCUCAGCGGGAGCUGGAGCUGCAGGAGGCUGAGCUCACCCUCCCCAGCCUGGGGAAGCCCUACAAGUCACUCAUGGCACAAGAGAAGGGGGCGUCCAGGGGACGGGGAGGCAACGAGAGUGCCAUGUGAGGGGCUCCCAGCCCUGCCGGCCAGAAAGCAGGGAAGGGGACCAGGGAGGGGAGUCCUGGGGACAAUGUGGUGCCCAACUGACUGUGGGUUGAACACACAUGUUCAGCUUAGCUUGUUUAGCGGGGAGGAUACUGAAAUAAAGGACCACGAAUGAAAGGUA